AUGAACGUGCCCAUCUGCCUGGCAGGACCAAUCCUAGGAGUACCCAUAGCUUCCAGCUGCCCAGGAGCCUGUGUGCCCAGUUUCCUAGAAGAUGUCCUCACUGAGGAGACCCAGACAUCUGAGGACAGGGAUAUUCCUGCAAUUAACCAAGGGCUCAUCCCGGAGGAAAGCCCAGAAAACAGCUUUCUCAUUGAGGGUGACAUCCUCCGGCCGAGUCCCUUUCAACUAUCAUCGGCUUCCGGCAACAAGUGGCCCAAGAAUGGAGGAGUUGUGGAGGUUCCCUUCGUGCUCUCCAGAAAGUACAGUAAGGCUGAUCACCAGGUUAUCCUGGAGGCCUUUGCUGAGUUUGAGAGGCUCACGUGUGUCAAGUUCGUCAGCUACCAGGGCCAGAGAGACUUCGUGUCCAUUGUGCCCAUGUCUGGGUGCUUCUCCAGUGUGGGCCGCAAUGGAGGGAUGCAGGUGGUAUCCCUGUCACUCGCCUGCUUGAAGAAGGGCAAGGGCAUUGUUCUGCAUGAGCUUAUGCAUGUGCUGGGUUUCUGGCAUGAGCAAUCCCGAGCCGAUCGAGACCACUAUGUCCAGAUCAACUGGAAAGAGAUCCAGCCAGGGUUUGAGAUCAACUUCAUGAAGACCCGGAACAGCAACAUGCUGGCACCAUAUGACUAUUCGUCCAUCAUGCACUAUGGCAGGUUUGCCUUCAGCCGCCGUGGGCAACCCACCAUCGUGCCGCUCUGGGACCCCAAGAUUCACAUUGGCCAACGCUGGAACCUGAGCUCCUCGGACAUCAGCAGAGUCCUUAGGCUUUAUGAAUGCAGUGCAGACGAAAAGGGAGACCCGGCCCCCGACCAUGAUGAGCCCCCUACUUCUGCCUCUAGAUCACCCCUACCAUGGAUUUGGAAGGCCUUGCUUCCCCAGGGGCUGGGUGAUGGGGGUCCAAACUGGGCCCCUCACCCUGACUCCCUGGUGCGGCGGCAGGGGGUGCUCGCCACCCGGCCAGCCGCGCCUCCCGAGGGGCCCCGCAUGUCAGAAGGUCUAUCCCCAGAGCGAACGAAGCCUUUGGAGAGGGGUCCGGGCAAGUCUCCCCUCUGCCCUGCGCCUCGGCCCCCCCGCCGCGCCUCUGCGCCGGGCCUCGGGUCUGGGCGUGUCGGAGUCUGGAUCGGCAACCCCCGAAUUCUCACCUGCCCUGCCAGUGCGGGGCAAGGCCGGAGAGACGAGCUCGCCGCGAUCUAG